AUGGUGACUGGAAUACUGUCUGGUAAUCAUAAGGUCCUUGGGGUUUCCAUUCCCUUAAACACUAUUGAACCUGAUAGUGUUGCUUAUCAAGAAAAUAUUGAGUCUUUAGGAAAGAAUAUCUCUGAUGAUGUUGAGCAAACUGAUCCUCAUAAGGAGUCAAAUGUUGACAAACCCUUAGAUAAUGUGGCUGGUGAGGAAGUUCAUGUCACUCAUGAUGUCAGUAACAACCCUAACUGUGAGGCUGCAACAGUAGACCUGGAGGAAUUUUCUGAUAAUGAGUUGUUAUCCUCAGUCGUCCCUAGCAUAGCCAAAAGGGUUAGGACUAGGAGAGAAAAGAAAACAGUGGCUCAAAGGUCCCCCAAAAAGAAGAUUGAUGUUCCAACCUCUUCCAAUACAAAGGUGGCAGUCGAGAGUUCCCUCAAGAGGAAAGUUCAUGGUCCAACCAAAUCUUGGAGCAAAGGGAAGAGGCUGGCUUUGGAAAGGGAAUUAGCUCAGAAUAUCCUGGAAUGUAAGGAUAUUAUGGACCUUAUUCAAGAGGCUGGUUUAAUGAAGACUGUGACUCAGUUCUCAAAAUGCUAUGAGAUGUUGGUAAAGGAAUUUAUUGUCAAUUUGUCUGAAGAAUGUGCUGAUGGGAAGUCUAAGGAAUUCAGGAGAGUGUAUGUGCGAGGCAAGUGUGUAAAUUUCUCUCCCUCAAUGAUCAAUAAGUACUUGGGAAGGCCUGAUGUAGCUCAACCUCAGCUUGAGGUGACUGACGACAAAAUCUAUCAAGUCAUCACUGCUAAUCAAGUCAGGAAGUGGCCUCUCAAAGGAAAGUUGGUGGCCAGCAAACUGAGUGUCAAGUAUGCAAUGCUGCACAAGAUUGGAGCUGCUAACUGGGUGCCCACCAAUCAUAAAUCUACAGUUGCUGUAAUGCUUGGAAAGUUUAUAUGUGUUGUUGGAACCAAAGCCAGUUUUGACUAUGGAUCAUAUAUUUUUGAUCAAACUUUGAAGCAUGCAGGAAGCUUCAGUGUGAAGGGACCUAUAGCCUUUCCCUCUCUCAUCUGUGGUAUUGUGUUGAAUCAGUUUCCAAACAUCUUGACAGAGAAUGAUUCUGUGAAGAAAAGAGACAACCCCAUGUCCUUCAAUCAUAGGCUGUUCCUAGGUACCCAUGUUCCUGACAUUGUCAUGACAACAGGUGAGACACCACGUGUAUGCAAUCCACCAGGUAAAGUUGUUGUCAUUGCAAUGCUUAAAGAAACUUGUAGGGAGUUAGAGGCAAGGAAGCUAAACUUGGAAAAAUUGAUUAGCACUUUGGAGAUGAAUGAAGGUGAUGUGCUUGGUGCAGCUGCUGCAGAAGGAGCUGAAAGACAAGGUGAAGAGGGAGAUGCCAGUCCUGAUGAUGGCACAGAUGAUGAUGCUGACUCUAAGUUAGAUGCCUAG